ACCACGGCGCCAUAUUGAGAGAGAACGGAAGUGAGUGAUUUUUGAUGUGGAAAAAGUGUUUAUGAAGUUCCUAGAAAACAUUGGCAAGAGUGAUGAAAGCCGUUUAAACGCACAGUUAGGAUUGAACUGGAACCAUUUUACUAUUUUGUUUUCUCGUUUAAGAGAACCCCCCCCACCCUCAAAUAAUUUUUCGAAUCCCACCCUUGACAGUGUUAAGUCACUGAAAGCGCGCGGCAGCGACUGAACUCUUGUCGAAGAUGCCCUUGGCACAGUUUGGAGCAGACCCAUGGCAGAAAAUGGCCUUGGAGAAUUCGGAAAACGAGGUCAUGGAUGACUCAAUGGGGGAGGAUGAAACCGUAUGUAGUGAUGAGGGCUCAGUGAAUGAGAUCAGUAUCACAAACCAUGUUAAAGAGGGCUCUGAAAGGGCUGAUCCUAGGCAGUUUGAGCUCCGCAAGGUACUGGGACAGGGAUCCUUUGGGAAGGUGUUCCUUGUGAAGAAAAUAACAGGGCCUGAUGCUGGACAGCUGUAUGCUAUGAAGGUGCUGAAAAAGGCCACUUUGAAAGUGCGAGAUAGGGUCCGUACCAAGAUGGAGCGAGACAUUCUGGUAGAGGUGAACCAUCCUUUCAUAGUCAGACUACACUACGCAUUCCAGACAGAAGGGAAGCUGUACCUGAUUCUGGACUUCCUCCGAGGUGGAGAUCUAUUCACACGGCUGUCUAAAGAGUCUGUCUACCAGGUGAUGUUCACAGAGGAGGAUGUGAAGUUCUACCUGGCAGAGCUGGCUCUGGCCCUGGACCAUCUGCAUGGCCUGGGAAUCAUCUACAGAGACCUUAAACCUGAGAACAUUCUGUUAGAUGAGGAGGGCCAUAUCAAACUCACUGACUUCGGCCUUAGUAAAGAGUCCAUUGAUCAUGAGAACAAGGCCUACUCUUUCUGUGGAACAGUGGAGUACAUGGCACCAGAGGUCGUGAACCGCCGAGGACACACCCUUAGCGCUGACUGGUGGUCCUACGGCGUGCUCAUGUUUGAGAUGCUGACUGGGACACUGCCUUUCCAAGGGAAGGACCGGAAGGAAACCAUGACCAUGAUACUGAAGGCCAAGUUGGGAAUGCCACAGUUCCUGAGCCAAGACGCCCAAUCUCUCCUACGUAACCUUUUCAAACGCAACCCAGGCAACAGACUAGGUGCUGGUCCAGAUGGAGUGGAAGAGAUCAAGAGACAUUCCUUAUUUUCCACAAUUGACUGGAACAAAUUAUUCAGGAGAGAACUCCAUCCCCCCUUUAAACCUGCGAGUGGCAGACCUGAUGACACCAUCUACUUUGACUCUGAAUUCACUGCAAAAACUCCACGGGACUCUCCCGGCUGUCCCCCGAGUGCAAACACCAACCAGCUGUUUAGAGGCUUCAGCUUCGUGGCUAUCUCAGAUGAGGAGAGUCAACCUCCACAGAACAUUAACAUCAACAUGUCCUCUAUACAGCAACUCCACAGAAACACAGCACAGUUUAGUGAUGCCUACGAUGUGAAGGAGGACAUUGGUGUGGGCUCUUACUCCAUAUGCAAACGCUGUGUUCAGAAGAGCAACAGUAUGGAUUAUGCUGUAAAGAUCAUCAGUAAGGCCAAGAGGGACACAACAGAAGAGGUGGAGAUUCUUCUGCGCUAUGGACAGCACCCCAACAUCAUCACUCUCAAAGAUGUGUUUGACGAUGGGCGCUCAGUGUACCUGGUGACAGAGCUGAUGAAAGGAGGAGAGCUGCUGGAUAAGAUCCUCAGACAGAAGUUCUUCUCUGAGAGGGAGGCCAGUGCAGUUCUCCACACCAUCACCAAAACUGUGGAGUACCUGCAUGCACAGGGGGUUGUCCAUAGAGAUCUGAAGCCCAGUAACAUACUGUACGUGGAUGAGUCUGGAAACCCAGAGUCCAUCCGAAUCUGUGACUUUGGCUUCGCCAAACAGCUGAGAGCUGAAAAUGGACUCCUGAUGACUCCCUGCUACACGGCCAACUUUGUCGCCCCCGAGGUCCUGAAGAAACAGGGAUAUGAUGCAGCCUGUGAUAUCUGGAGUCUAGGAGUGCUGCUCUAUACAAUGCUUACUGGGUUCACUCCUUUUGCCAAUGGACCAGAGGAUACUCCCGAAGAGAUCUUGGCUCGGAUCGGCAGUGGAAAGUUCUCUCUGACGGGUGGCUACUGGAAUUCAGUCUCCGCAGAGGCCAAGGACCUAGUGUCCAAGAUGCUGCAUGUGGACCCCCACCAGAGGCUAACUGCUGCUCAGGUGCUGCGACACCCUUGGAUAUUACACAAGGACCAGUUGCCCAAGUACCAGCUCAAUAGACAGGAUGCUCCUCAUUUGGUCAAGGGUGCAAUGGCAGCCACUUAUUCUGCUCUGAACAUGCAUGUUCCCCCUGUGCUGGACCCUGUAGGGCGCUCCUCGUUAGCUCAAAGAAGAGGAGUGAAGAAGUUGACCUCUACAGCCCUGUGAUCCACUAGUAUCAAUCUCACCUGUUCAAUGCUACUGCACCAGUGCAUUAGUGUGUUUCGACUCCCGCUGUGUUAGAAGAACAGUGUGUAAGACCAAAAAGAAACGGUAACCCAUUCACUGAGAAAAUGUAUCAUGUAUUUGCUUGUACAAUCAUCACUGCCUUCAGACCAAGAGUUACAAACUCUUGGAAAGGCUGAACUGUAUAUUUUAUGAAAAUGAGAUAUUUACUACAAAAAUAGAAUGAAAUGUAUACGGGUUCCUACAGGUCUGUGUUUUAAACAGAGAUUGUGUUAAGCACUGUGGGAUGAAGGGGUUUGGAAAGGGUUAAAAUGAUGUUUCCCCCAGUUGCAUGGAGCACAGUCAGGCCCCCUUAUUCCAAAUCAACCGUUAAGCCCCUACCUAUGCACUUGUAUAGAUCUGAACAUAUUCGAUACGUGUAAACAGUCAUAUUUUUAGUUAGGCCAAUUUUUAGAAUGUUAUUCUAAUUACAGACAUUUGGGUACAUAGCAUUGUUUAAAUAUUCCCCAUGUCAUGUUAAAUGGGGAGCUAACCAAAGAAAUAGAAUGAAUGGAACUGACUUGGUGCUCUAACCCUGGCAAUUUGACUGGUUAACAAACUCACCGUAUAGCCCCACAGUGGAGGUGUCAUAACACUCCUAAAACCUAGCAGUUAAACAGGGAAAUGGUUCCAAUUGUUUUUCCACCAUUCAUUUUUCCCAUAUGAUACUUAAUAAGGGCUUUGUUUGGUGAAGGUUUACCCUGGCGUGUCAUUUUGAUGACCAUGUAAAUCUCUGACAAGUUGACUAACCGAUAUAUUUAUCUCCAUUUACUCUGCUUCAAAUGCUAAUUAGUGUCCAAGUAGACAUCACGCAAGAUUACAAAUACCUGCAAGCUCAUGCACGUGCUGACACCUUUGCUAACAGUUAUUGUGUCAAGACAGUUCACAUAAUUGUCCAUUUAAAUACAUUUUGCCAAUGUAUUCAUUACUAAAUGUAACUAAAAUGGUUAAUACAGGCAAAUAUAUUUAUAAGUCACCUUGUCCUAGAGAGAUUUACACCGUUAUCAAAAGCCCUUAUUUUAAGUGUUUCUAAAAUCCCCUAUGGGAAAAAUGAAUGGAGCCAUUUCCUUGUUUGACCCCUAGGUUUUAUUUGGAAUAUUCUAUCAAUAGAUUCUGGAUUGCCAUGGUAAUGUAGAAUGUUCAUUCAAAUUAUGCUAGCUCAGGGGUGUCAAACCUUUUGCAUGGAGGGCCUUGUCUGUUGGUUUUUUGUUUCAAUCAAUCCCUAGACAACCAAGUGUGGGGGGGGGGAGUUCCUUACUAAUUUGUGAUCUUAAUUCAUUAAUCAGGUACAAGGGAGGAGCAAAAACACGCAGACUCUCGGCCCUCCGUGGAAUGAUUUUGACACUUGUGUGCUAGCUGAUGUGGCUCAUGAAUAUAUUUUUUGUGAUGUCAGUUGAGUUGAUUUAACAGAUUGAAGUUUAUACUUCUUGCUUUUACUUCCUGCCAUUGGUCUAGGGAAAAGAUAUACAGGUGAAGACAACGUCGUCACAAAUCUGGGAUCAUUGGUGUUCGUUAACUACCAGCGCCAUUGCUAACCAGCACAGCUGGUCCUAUUCUUGCAAAGAGUUAUGGGCUAUUAGAAUCUUGUUUUCUUAACCGUUGUCAUAUUCAACCUAGUCAUAGGUACACUCAAUGGCUGCCAGUCCAGCCAUUAUGCUACCGUUGACUUUAAUGGGGAUGCCUGUUAUAUUCAUUCUAUUUCUAUGGAACUAUUAUGGCUGCCAUGGAAUGUUUUAGUGUCAUGUUUUUGCAUCAUUGCCCAAUUCAGACAUUCAGUUUUAUACAAUUUUCUAUUUUAUUUUUAUAUUCCCCAUGUAGCUAUUGUUAAUAGUGAGCUAACAUGGCUGCCAUAGAAUGUUGAAGUGUCAAUAUAAAAUGCAUCAUGAUGCGGAAACCGCAUUGGCUCAACUUUCUAAAUACAAGGCUCUGGGAAUAAGCAACAUGGAAUUAUUACUAUAUUGCUUAUUUAUUGGGCAAUUAGGGUUUGGACACUGACAAACUCCUUAAUAGUGCAACAGUUUACCAAGGCCCUGUCAGCAAUGGGGGAGAAAAAGUGCUAACCUCCUUCCUCACUCCAGUAUCUGCUGCUGCACUUUCUCUCAGACCUAUGUGUUGGGGCAGGGCCCAGAGGGGUUGGAGUUUUCUUGCUUUACUUAGUCUUUCAAUUUUUUUUGUCCUUCUCAUAAUCAUAAAGGGAAACGUGAACUUGGGAUAUACUUAUAGCAAUUAAGAUUACUUUUCCAGUCUACCUUUAAGAGACAAUUAAGAAUGUAUUUUUGUAUAUUUUCUACUUGGUGUGCAUGAUGGUCACAGGACAGCUUUAGUUUGGGGGGGGGUUAAGGGAAAGGCUUUCCAAGAAGAUGCUGGGGAAAUGUAACAUGCUAGAUGGAGGGGUGAAUAGAUAGCGUCUUUCCCCUCUGGUUGUUUCCAUGUUUUACAGAUAAAUGUUUCUCAGAUAUGGGCCAGGCAAGUGACUGCAGCUUCAUUUGUAACCUUAAAAAAUGAUCAUGAAUACAUCAAAUAAAUAUACAAUCAAGUAAUGCA